AUGACUGGGAAAGCCAAACCCAAGAAGCACACGGCCAAGGAGAUUGCUGCUAAAGUUGACGCUGCCACCACCAACCGCGGCGGAGGCAAGGCCGGCCUCUCCGAUCGCUCCGGCCAGGAAAAGGGCGGCCACGCCAAGCUCGAAUGCCCCCUUUGCAAGAUCACCGCACCGGACAUCAAGACCAUGCAGAUCCACCACGACGCUCGCCACCCCAAAAUCCCCUUCGACGAGUCCAAGCUCAACAAUUUACACGCCGGCCAUGUUGCUGAGACCUCCAAACCUAAGCCCGGUGUCCGUGGCAGCUUGAAGAAGUGA